AUGGGCUUAGAGCUUGAAGGAGCUGACGAGCUUCUCUUUGAGCUUGGUUGCGACGAGCUCGGUCUUGAAGAGCUAGGCUUGAGGCUCCUUGGUGGUGACGAGAUUGGCUGUGAUGAAACCGGUCUUGAAGAGCUGGGCUUAGAGCUUGGCUGUGACGAGCUAGGUUUUGAGCUGCUUGGCUGCGAUGAGCUGGGCUUAGAGCUACUUAGCCGUGAAGAUCUUGGCUUGGACGAGCUUGGUCUCGAAGAACUGGGUUUUGAAGAGGUAGGCCUCGAACUGAUCUUGGAGCUACUUGGCUGUGAGGAGCUCGGCUGUGAUGAACUUGGCCUAGAGCUUGAUUUUAAAGAGCUAAGCUUGGAACUGCUUGGCCGCGAUGAGCUAGGUUUCGAUGAGCUGGGCUGUGAUGAGCUGGGCUUCGACAAGCUCGGCCGUGAAGAGCUCAGCUGUGAGGACCUAGGUGUAGAGCUGAGUGGUUGCGACGAAACAGGCUUCGCAGAGCUGGGCCUCGAGCUUGGUUUCGAUGAAGUUGGCUUUGCGAUGCUACUAGGCCUUGACGAGGUCGGUCGUGAUGACCUCGACGGCUUCGAGCUGAAAGGUUCAGAAGAGCUAUGA